AUGGCGGAUGAUAUGUUGCGGCCGUUCGUCCCAUAUUACUCGAUGCCAUCGUUUACAAAAGAUUUGCCAGAAACGAAGAAGCUUGGUAUUAUCCUGAAGCACUUGUACUUUCUAAAGCGCGAGGGUCCUGAUGCGCAAGAGGAGCUGGUAAAAAUGCUGAAGGAAACGAUAGAAAAAUAUUCGACACCGCAUAGCGGAUUCUACCACGAUCCACGGCUUCUGGAAGUCUUCUUAAUCCAGGUAACCUGCUUUGAUCUGGUUUAG